AUGCAAGCCGUCCCGGAAUCCCGCCAACAAACCUUCGAGGAGAUCUACGGUCCUCCCGAAAACUUCCUCGAGAUCGAAGUUAGGAAUCCCCAAACGCACGGCACCUCGCGCAACAUGUACACCUCGUACGAAAUCGUCUGCCGGACAAACAUCCCCGCAUUCAAACUCAAACAUUCCGUCGUGCGUCGCCGAUACUCCGACUUCGAGUACUUCCGGGAUAUACUGGAGCGGGAAUCGACGAGGGUCACGAUCCCGCCGUUACCGGGGAAGGUGUUUACGAAUCGGUUCUCUGAUGAUGUGAUUGAGCAUAGACGGGAGGGCUUGCAGCGGUUUUUGCAGAUUGUCGCCGGUCAUCCGCUUUUGCAGACGGGGAGUAAGGUUUUGGCCAGUUUUGUGCAGGAUCCGAAUUGGGAUCGGAAUGCGUGGUAA